AUGUCCAACAGCAGCUUCCCCACAGAGUUCAUCCUCCUGCCAUUCGCAGACACACACGAGCUGCAGCUCCUGCACUUCGCACUCUUCCUGGGCAUCUACCUGGCUGCCCUCCUGGGCAACGGCCUCAUCCUCACAGCCAUAGCCUGCGACCACCGCCUCCACACCCCCAUGUACUUCUUCCUCCUCAACCUCGCCCUCCUUGACCUGGGCACUAUUACCACCACUGUUCCCAAAGCCAUGGCCAACUCCCUCUGGGACACCAAGGACAUUUCCUACUUGGGAUGUGCUACCCAAGUCUUUAUGUUUGUUGUCUUUGUCACAGCAGAGUUUUACCUUCUCACUGUCAUGGCCUAUGACCGCUACGUUGCCAUCUGCCAGCCCCUGCACUAUAUGACUGUAAUGGCCAGCAGAACUUGUGUCAACAUGGCAGUAGUUGUCUGGAGUGCUGGUGUUCUCAGUGCUUUGGUGCACACUGCCAAUACAUUUUCCCUUUCAUUCUGCCAAGGUAAUGCCCUGGACCAGUUCUUCUGUGAACUUCCCCAGAUCCUUAAGCUCUCCUGUUCAGAUGCCUACCUCAGAGAACUUGGGUUCAUAAUGUUUUGCUUCUGUUCAGGUAUUGGAUGUUUUGUUUUCCUUGUGCUGUCCUAUGUGCAGAUCUUCAGGACCGUUCUGAGGAUGCCCUCAGAGCAGGGCCAGCACAAGGCCUUUUCCACAUGCCUCCCUCACCUCGCUGUGGUCUCCCUGUUCAUCAGCACUGUCAUGUUUGCCUACCUGAAGCCCCGCUCCAUCUCUUCCUCAUCCCUGAAUCUUUUGCUGGCAGUUCUGUACUCAGUGGUGCCUCCAGCAGUGAACCCCCUCAUCUACAGCAUGAGGAACAAGGAGCUGAAGGAUGCUGUUAGGAAACUGAUUUGGGGGAUGUUUUUCAAUACUCAUAAAGAUCCCUUCGCUCUCCAAUCAUGA